UCCACUCCUUCACUGAGUGUGGAGAGGAGCACAGCAUACAGCUGAGAGAGAGAGAGAGAGAGAGAGAGAGAGAGAGAGAGAGAGAGAGAGAGAGAGAAACAGAAACAGAGAGAGAGAAACAGAGAGAGAGAGAGCCUGAUGUGCUCCAGCCUCAUGUGCUUAUGUUAAAGCAGAGGACGCUCUCAUUCUGGACUGAAGCCGUUCUGGGGGACUUGUCCGUCUUCGGGGCGCCCGUCCUGAAGCGAACACAGAGGGACUCAUCAGAGGGAAACUUUGGAUUUGUACACUGACAUGGCUUUGCUGACUUUUACCUGAGACUUCAAACGGCGCCCUUUAUUAUGGAACAGGAGGCAUUGAAAGGAGGACCAUGGUGAGAACUGUGUGGAGAUAGACGUCAUCUUCAUCCUCCAAAGAAAAAGGAAAAGGAAUACAAGUUUUUGUCUAUAAGUCUUUUGGGAAUUCCCUAUUAUAUCAGAUCCCACUUCACUCACCAUGGCUUCCAGUUUAACCUGUGCUGGGAUACUCUGGGCCCUGGUGUCUCUCCUCAGUGCUGCAGCGUCCUGUGUGGGCUUCUUCAUGCCCUACUGGCUGCUGGGGUCACAGAUGGGCAAGCCGGUGUCCUUCGGCACUUUCCGGCGCUGCUCCUACCCCGUACGGGAUGAGCAGAGGCAGGCCACUGUCAUGCUGGAGCAGUGCGGCCGCUACGCCACCUUCCAGGGCAUCCCGAGCGUGGAGUGGCGUGUGUGUACAGUGGUGACGGGAACGGGAUGUGGCCUGCUGCUGCUGGUGGCGCUCACAGCGCUCAUGGGCUGCUGCGUAUCCGAGCUCAUCUCUCGUGCCAUUGGACGUGUGGCAGGGGGGAUCCAGUUUGUCGGCGGUCUGCUCAUUGGUUCAGGAUGUGCCCUCUACCCCCUUGGCUGGGACAGUGAGGAGGUCAGACAAACCUGUGACAACAGCUCAGACCAGUUUCAACUGGGUUCGUGUGAGAUUGGCUGGGCGUAUUACUGCACCGGGGCGGGAGCUGCCUCUGCCAUGCUGCUGUGCACCUGGCUGGCCUGCUUUGCUGGGAAGAAACAGAAGCAGUACCCUUAUUAAAGAGAGCCUGCUUCACCUUCCGCUUCAAAUCCAGCUUCAAGCACAGAGCCACUGCCAACAGCACACAGCAGAGGGACAGAUGCCUGAGUGUGGACUACAUAAACAGCAGAGACGCACUCGUUCAUCCAGGGCGUGACCACUUUAUCUAUUACUUCUUCAACUGCAGUAUCCUCCACUGUCCAGUCAGUGGGCUAUAUGCUCUGAUGGACAUCCAGUGAUGGAAUUUUGACAGCUUGAUCACAUACAGUGACUGUUAUUAACUUGUGUUGUGUCUGUCUACAGGAUGAUUACUGGAAAACUCAGAAGGACCAAUUUCCCUUUUUUAUGUCUACUCUUAAUCCCGAGAGUGUUAUUUUUUCUUCCCUGUUUGGUGAUGUACUAGUGCUAGUGAUGUCUGUUACAAAAAAAAGAAAGAAAAAGAAAAUAUGCAUUCUUGUUAUUGAUUGUUUAUAUCUUCAUAUACAUUUAUUUCAACCUAUUUUUUGCAGCACACUUUGAAAUGCAAUAAUUGUCAUAUUCACCCUCUACACGGUCAAAAAACAUUUUCAAAAGACUGAUGCAUUUCAUCAUUUAAUGCCAGUAUAUGCUAUAGGAUCAGUAUACAUUAUAUACAUUGUAUACAAUAUGGACAAUGUAUGCUUCAUUGACAUACAUGUUUUAUGAAGAGGAAAAUAUCCAAACCAUGUAUUGUUUUAUUCAUCUUAUGUUUGUAAAUAAAACCUGUUUAUAAACAGUA